UGUGGGAUGACCGGGAAUGGAGACGGAAGCACGCCCAUGAACAUCGACACCAAAAUCAAGGCCUACCGGUUCGUCGCCUACUCGGCCGUAGUAUUCUCGGUGGUGGCCGUGCUCUCCGUUUGCAUCACUCUGCCGAUCGUCUACAACUAUGUGCACACUGUUCGCCAGCAACUUUACCACGAAGGAUCGACAAAGGAUGUCUGGGCCGAUGUGUACAGUUUGAAACGGCAUCAAUUUCCGCAUAAUCGCACAGCCCGUCAAGUCGACUACGGAGAGUCAGAGACGGAAAACGACACCGGUUACAUACCCUUACCACGAGUCUACCCUGGACACCACACUGAUAUUACAUGCGCAGGCUGUUGCAUCCCUGGACCUCCAGGGGCUCCAGGAGCUCCCGGAAAACCUGGACGACCAGGAAAACCAGGAGCACCUGGAAUGCCAGGAAAUCCUGGGCGCCCUCCUCCACUGCCCUGCGAUGUAGUCACUCCUCCACCAUGCAAACCCUGCCCACAAGGACCACCUGGGCCACCUGGACCUCCUGGUGAACCAGGAGACAAUGGUGUAAAUGGCGAACCGGGACCGCCUGGAGAUGACGCGGCUCCGGGAGAUCAGGGACCAAAAGGACCCUACGGGCCUCGCGGACGACCUGGAUCUCCAGGUGAACCUGGAGAACUAGGUGUGCCAGCCAUUUGUGAACCACCCCAAGCAGGAGAUCCUGGUCCUGACGGUGAACCUGGACCUGAGGGACUCGUUGGGCCUACUGGACCUCCCGGAGACAAUGGCGUUGCAGGUCAACCCGGCGCAAAAGGACCUCCUGGACCAGAUGGAAAGCCAGGAGCGGAUGGAAAUCCUGGUCAUCCAGGGCAACAAGGUCCACCUGGUCGACCGGGAGAGCGUGGCAUCUGCCCGAAGUACUGUGCCAUCGACGGAGGAAUCUUCUUUGAGGACGGCACUCGUCGUUGA